GUCACUCUUUUCCUUGCAAUAUCAAUCCCACGAUCCUUGCAGAGUAAUACAGACGCUGUAGUCAUUUGAACGGUUCUGAACGGGAAUUCAACUUGAAAAGCAGCUAGCUAAACAUUUAUUCCAAGUGUAUACUCUACAGUUGUCUUCUUACUGCUUCUACGUGGACAUAGCUAGCUACAUUUCUGAGGAGAGUCAAGACAAUUCGCAACAUGUGACGUGACUUACUAUGGCCUCUGGAAGUCAUUAUGGGCAAGGCAGAGAAUUCCGCCAGCUCAACCAGGGCAAACCUCAUGGAUUUCUCCAUCACGUCAGCAACCACUCUGCAGCGGACAAGAACAUGAAGGAGGUGGAUUUUUUAAAUAAGGAAGAACUAGAUAAAGAUCGAUUUCCAGUGAGUCGUUGUGCACGCAUCAAAGCCAAACGAGUGUCUGUGUGCAACAAGAGGAAGUUGUCGUCGCGUCACAGUGUGUUGGUGAGCUCAGGUGUACGCCUCAGAGUGCCCCCCGCAGGUCGGGCUGUCUGUGACAUGGCCAACAAGGAGAAUGAACUGACCUGCCCAGAGAAAGUGCAGGCCAUACACUACAAUGACAACUGCAUGUUCCCUGUGAACUCUGCUGCAGAGGCUGGUUCCAAGAUGGCAGGGCCGGGAAACAAGUACAGUGAUUACUUCACUGAGCUAUCGAAGGACCAUGAUGCAAUGACACGUGUGCUUUUUGGCAGAAAUCUCAGAUUAAAUGUAGCUCUGACACUAUGGCGAAGAAACGCCAGCGAACUAGUGGCAUACUUGAUCAGAAUUGAAGACACAGGCGUUCUUCUUGACUGCCUACCAGUUAUAACGAAAAGCCUUCAAGACGAAACUCCGUGCAUAUCACUGGGCUGCUGUGUAGACCUCCUGCCACAAGUCAAAUCAAUCCUCACCAGUGAAUAUGAAGAACACUUGAUUGUGGUUUUACACUGGGUUCAGUCUGUCGUUAAGAAAUGGUGGCCAGAACUCUCCACAAACGGCAAGAGCCUGCUGGACAGCUGCUCAGAGGACAGGAACCUCCAAGUCAUGAAGCAGCAGCUGAAGGAGUUCUGGGUGGAGGGGCCCCAGUUAAGUUUAGUUCCAGGAACUACAGGAGAGAUGGCAAAGGCCAUUGAGUCUUACUUAUCACAACUCCAUUGACCAAUCAAUCAAUGUAGCACUGAGGAAGCGACCACUACUGCCGGAUAUAGCUGUUUGAACAUUACCUGGAGACUAAAGACAAGACCAUGGUCCACACAUACAGGAACCCUGUUCUAUUCUAAGUGGAUUGAUGAACUGAGCGAUUCAGACUGAGCAACUCCCACAGUCAAUCACAACUAGAGAGACACUUACAAUGGAGGAAGGAACCUUUUUCUUUCUGGGGAAAAAAAAACAGGAAUGACUGCUUCACAUUGAAGUGGAUUGGUGUCUUGCGAAGGGACAAUACUUCAAUCGACCUCCCUGAGACUGGGUCGAAAAGGCACCCUAUUUCCUCUAUAGUGCACUACCUUUGAACGGAAUAGGACGCCAUUUUGGAUGCACACUGAGAGUGGGUCUGGGCUGCUCUGUGAAGUGCCAAGCUCUGUUGCACCACCACAGCACUCUUCACCAUGGUGUGCAAACCUGCACGAAUCAUGGAUAUAACAUAAUGAAUUCCCCUUCCUGGUUUCAGUUCUUAUUUCUUCCCUCAUGUCCCGAAUCAAGAACUGUAAACUACUGCAGUCUUAAGUUAUGAGAGCUUUUCCUGUCGUAGCUUUUUUUCUUGUUCAUGAAUGUUUGACUGUAAAAGUGUAAAUACAGUGAUUAUUUUAAUAAUCUUUCAAAUAAAUUAGCAAAAAUCUG